UAUACGUCAUAGCAGUGAUACUAUAUUUCGCUAGUAAAAAUAUCUCUUCAUGGUUCUUAUUAAAAAUAUAUAUGUAGUUCCACCAACCAAACUAAUUAUAGAGGACUUCAACGCUGUUUUAACUGGCAUGGGCUCGGGCCUAAUUCUGUAUAUUACCAACAACCAACGUCGAAGCCUGAACUGCUCUGUGCUCUCCCCAUCUCAUCCGCAUGCAACUAUCACGUGGUUCUUAAGUGACGUCAACGAAUCGAUUAUUCAUAAUCAGAUAAACUUGCAAGCAACUGAUAAUACGUCAUUGAUGACAUCAUCGAGGCAAGUCGACUUGAUUCCCACCAUUGACGACGACAGGAUGAAUAUUUCAUGUUCAGCCGAGCACCCGGAGCUAGCGAAUGAUCUUCAGGUCGGUGUGACUUUAAGGGUUGGAAAUUUACCUGAUAAACCAACCAACGUUACCGUUCUGAAGCCUUCUGUCACUACAUCUUCGUUCACUAUCUUCUGGGAAAGUACAUCUUCAGAUGAGUAUCCAGAAACAUUUAUGGUGAAGUGUUGCACUGUCCUUAAUUGCACUAGGAUUUCCAAUGUCACGCAGCCGAGACUGGCAAUCGCCGAUCUUCGGCCAUCGACGGUCUACAGAGUAACUGUAAUGAGCAGGAAUGCAUUUGGCACUGGCAAAGGCAGCGACCCUACUGAAAUAGCAACAAAACCAUUGGCUCCCUCAGACCUAGGUAUAAAGGCUGUAUAUGACACCAUAGAGAAUCGAGUGGAUAUAACUCGGCCUGAUACCCGGAAUGGCCCACUGCCAUUUGGUCUCUGCUUUCAACUGAUAAAUGCGACCACCACUACAGACGAAAUCGAUCCAAGGUUGGGAGUCGACUGUGUUGGUGUUGGGGGAGCUGUCCCAAUCCCUACUGGGUGGUCAGUGGGUAAUAUCAAAGUGCGAAGUGUUCAUCAUGGCCUCUUCAGCUUGCCAUCUGAUAUUCAUUUCAAUGAAGAUAAAGACCAACUUGCAGCUCCCUUUAACGUUUCAGUUGUGGAAUCCUCAAUAACAGCCACUUCUUUCUCAAUAUCAUGGGAGAGUAACGCGUCGGGAGAAAUGUUUCAAACGUUUACAGUGACGUUUUGUCCAGUUAAUGAUACCAUAGAAUGUACGACCAUCUCCGAAGUAACACAGACACAUCUCACGAUCGCAGGGCUUCGGCCGUCUACGACAUACCUAGUCACCGUGAAGAGUGAGAAUGCUCUCGGGGUCAGCAACGACAGCGAGAUCAUUGAAAUAUCCACCUCCGAUCACGGCAGUGAUGUAGUUGAUAAUAGUGCAUUUGUUGGCCAACAUUUAACCGCCCCCAUCAGUGCCUGUGUCGCUGUCCUUGCAGCCUUGAUUGCUUUUACGAUGUGUUUGAAGAUGAAGAAAAAAAGGGAUCGUACGAAAAGUGUGAAAACUUUUAACAAGACGCCCAUGUCGACAGCUCCAUCCCAGUCACAAAAGGCGAUAAUUGACAACGGUGUCGCAUCGGAAGUUGAACGCGUCAAUGAUCACGAAUACGAAUCCAUGCCUGAAAAUCAACUAGGACAGCAAGAAGAUCCGGAGAAAGAACGCGAUCAAGAUGACGUCACCAUCCAUCAUACAUACGCAGAUUCUCAUUGUUCAGACCAGGACAUAGAAGAAAAAGAAGAAUCCUCCGUCCGCUACUCGAAACAUAUCCUUAAGAUUGAAAACAAAAGUGGUUUUGUCGCUGAGACCGAAGAAACCACAGAACAGAUCUAAAGAUCUGAAAUGAUACAACUUCUUUGACAUAUGCAUUGUCAUGACCGAUAAUUAAAGCCUUACUACGAAAUAUUUCAUAUUUUGCGCGUGAGAUGAGAUGAUGCGUAUUCCUAUCAUGAUAAAAAAAAUAAAAUAUAGAAUACAGCAAACCUCACUUCGGGUAAGAUAAAACAAUGCGGAACGUCCAUUUCAGAAAGAGUUAAACACUCGAAGUUGCAGCAAACUUAUAAAACAAACAUGUUGCCAAGUUGCAUUUAUUUCUUAACCUAAUUCAAACAAGAACAAAAUAACCCCAAAGAUUUUUCUUAUCUUAUCUU